UGGCUGCAAGUAUAUGGAAGAGCUGUGUCCGUGUGUGCAUGUGCAGGCUUCGCUGUCAGCUCACUGGCCCCCUCUUGAGUACCUUGGGUACCUCUCUUGUCCCAAAGGGCCUAGGUUUCUGGUCCCAGGGGCUCAGGGGGAAUCUCCCUUGGGCUUGGGAUUCAGCAGCAGCCAGAACUUCAUUCUCUGCCUCUGAGAAGUGUGUAGAAGACCCCUGCCAUCCCAGAUGGGAAGAGUGCGGGGGUGGGGACAGAUGGGAUCGAUGAUGGAUUCACCUGCUGGAUGGGCACUGUCCUUUUUCUGGAAACUGCCUCUUGGGCUGGGACUCAGGGCAGUGUUCCAUCCCUGGGGCCUUUCUCUGCCUCUACUGAAGCGCGCAGAAUUGUAGGGAGUAGAGCUGGAAGCCAAGCCAGGACCCAUAGAAGGCAGCCUGAUUGGUCCCACCCCAAAUGCUGGCUCUCAAGUGGGCAGGAAGACAACGCCAUUGUUCCCACGCUGUCAACCCCCCUGGGCCUGUGCACCAGCUGGGUGCCUGGCAGCUUAGAGCCUGCCUGCCAUGACAUCCACCCAGAGGAGGGCAGAGAGAAGCAGGGGUAGCGGAUGUCCAGCCCUGCCCCAUCCCGCCAGAAACCCUAUUUGUUUGUUCAUUCAUUCCCUCAUUCACUUAGCCAUCACUCAGAAACACUCUGUGCCUGCCCAGAGCUGACUGUGGAGACCCAUGAAUUCAGCAAGUAUUGAGUACCUACAGACAACUUUAACAACCUUACGGCUUUUAGCUUUAUGAUCCCCUGAACUCUUUCUCUUCCAUGAAACACUCUUUCAUUUUACUCAAAUCUGUGUCUCCAGAAUUGCAAUUUCUAACACUUCAAAUAAACUUUUAUUUGCAAACAAAACAAAAAUGUUAACAAAUUAGGUAAAAGAGCUCAGGAGUAUUCCAUCUGGGGUAGGGGGUUUAUAAGAUCAGAGAAGGCCUCAUUGAGAGGGUAAUGUAUGACUAGAAAUGUAAGUUUGGUGAGGGAGGGGGCCAUGUGAGUAUCUGCAAAAAGCUUCAAGACACAGGGAACAAUACGUUCAAAGGCCCUGGGGUGGGAGAAUUACAUGCAUGUGUUCAAGCCACAGCCAGGAGGCCAGUGUGGCUGGAGACUGGGCAGGGAGUACGGGGCAGGCAGAUACCAUAGGACCCUGCUGGCUAUUGUGUGGACUGUGGCUCUGACCCUAGAAAGGGCCAUGGAGGGGUCUGAGCAGAGGAGGAACAUAAUGUGACUUAGGGGCCUAAUAAGAACAAACUGUGGAGCUUGAAAGCAGAAGCAGGACAGUCCUGAGGAGGUGACAACUCCUCUGGUCUAGCCAAGAGAAGAUGGCAGCUCAGACCAGGCUGGUGGAUGUGAAGGUGGGGGCAGGGGUGGAAUAUGGGCAGAUUCUGAACGUGGAGCCAGCAGGACUUGCUGAGGGUCCCGGGUAAUCCUGCAGCUUUGGGCCUGAGUGAUCUGUUGCAAUCACCUGGGUCAGAGGGUUGUGGGAGGAGCCUCAGGAGAGGACGAGCCAGGACAUCUCAGCUGGUCCAGUGGUGGGGUUUGUCCUCCAAUGGUGCUCUGGGAAUGCAGAGGAGGGCCUGCUCCUGGAGGAAGCAGCCGCUGUGGCAGGGGCAGAUGACCCUGGGCAAGGCCAAUGCUGCCCCCUGCCCCAUAUGCCAGGCCCGGCAUGACACAGUCUAGGACUGGUACCUCGGGGCAGGAAAGGGCAGUGCGGGAGCUGCCGGCCUGAGGCUGCUGCCUGGGUUGGGGGAGGGCAGGGGCUGAGAAGGCUGGGGCAUACCCCACCAGGUCUGACACUGCUCCUAAUUCCAAUCUCUUGCCAACCUUAGACUGAGCUCUAGGCCUUCACUUCUCCCCAGACUUCCCAGAGGACAGGUGUGAGGCCCACGUGGGAUGUGACAGAUGGUUUGGACACACCGGGGUUGGGGGCGGGGAGUAGAAAGAGGAAGGGGUGACAGAGCAGUCCGCCACCUGACUAUGCAAAUGGCCUCUCUGACUCAUUGCAUCCCCUACACCCCACCCCUGCCAUGAGUGUAGGGAGGAAGGGGGCUACUAGGUUAUUUCAAAAUUCUCACUUCCUCUGUUCUCUGAGCCGUCGGCACGGGAAGUGGGCGCCAAGCAUCCUUCCCUGCAGCUGCCGCCCAACCUGCCUGCCAGACCCUCUGGAAAAGCCGCAUUCCCUGUCAUGGGCCCCUACUGUGCCCCGCACCCCCUUUCUCUCCUGGUACAGGCGGCGGCACUGGCAGCGGCCCUGGCUCAGGGCACCCUGCCUGCCUUCCUGCCCUGUGAGCUCCAGCCCCGUGGUCAGGUGGACUGCAACUGGCUGUUCCUGAAGUCCGUGCCGCACUUCUCGGCUGGAGCCCCCCGGGCCAACGUCACCAGCCUCUCUUUAGUCUCCAACCGCAUCCACCACUUGCAUGACUCCGACUUCGUCCACCUGUCCAACCUGCGGGUCCUCAACCUCAAGUGGAACUGCCCGCCGGCCAGCCUCAGCCCCAUGCACUUCCCCUGUCGCAUGACCAUCGAGCCCAACACCUUCCUGGCUGUGCCCACCCUGGAGGAGCUGAACCUGAGCUACAACGGCAUCACGACCGUGCCUGCCCUGCCCAGUUCCCUCGUGUCCCUGUCGCUGAGCCACACCAGCAUCCUGGUGCUAGACCCCACCCACUUGGUCGGUCUGCAGGCCUUGCGCUUUCUAUACAUGGAUGGCAACUGCUACUACAAGAACCCCUGCCAGCGGGCCCUGGAGGUGGCCCCUGGCGCCCUCCUCGGCCUGGGCAACCUCACGCACCUGUCGCUCAAGUACAACAACCUCACAGAGGUGCCCCGCCACCUGCCCCCCAGCCUGGACACCCUGCUGCUGUCCUACAACCACAUUGUCACCCUGGCACCCGAGGACCUGGCCAAUCUGACCGCCCUGCGCGUGCUUGACGUGGGCGGGAACUGCCGCCGCUGCGACCACGCCCGCAACCCCUGCAGGGAAUGCCCAAAGAACUUCCCCAAGCUGCACCCCGACACCUUCAGCCACCUGAGCCGCCUCGAAGGCCUGGUGUUGAAGGACAGUUCUCUCUACAAACUAGAGAAAGAUUGGUUCCGUGGCCUGGACAGGCUCCAAGUGCUCGACCUGAGUGAGAACUUCCUCUAUGACUACAUCACCAGGACCACCAUCUUCUGGAACCUGCCCCAGCUGCGCAAACUCAACCUGUCCUUCAAUUACCACAAGAAGGUGUCCUUCGCCCACCUGCACCUGGCGUCCUCCUUUAAGGGCCUGGUGUCCCUGGAGAAGCUGGACAUGCACGGCAUCUUCUUCCGCUCCCUCACCGAGGCCACGCUCCAGCCACUGACCCACCUGCGCAAGCUCCAGAGUCUGCGUCUGCAGCUGAACUUCAUCAACCAGGCCCAGCUCAGCAUCUUUGGGGCCUUCCCGAGCCUGCUCUUCGUGGACCUUUCGGACAACCGCAUCAGCGGGGCCGCGACGCCGGCGGCCGCCCUGGGGGAGAUGGACAGCAGGGUGGAGGUGUGGCAGUCAACCAGGGGCCUCGCUCCAGGCCCGCUGGACACCGUCAACUCAAAGGACUUCAUGCCAAGCUGCAGCCUCAACUUCACCUUGGACCUGUCACGGAACAACCUGGUGACGAUCCAGCAGGAGAUGUUUACCCGCCUCUCCCGCCUCCAGUGCCUGCGUCUGAGCCACAACAGCAUCUCGCAGGCAGUUAACGGCUCCCAGUUCAUGCCGCUGACCAGCCUGCGAGUGCUCGACCUGUCCCACAACAAGCUGGACCUGUACCAUGGGCGCUCAUUCACGGAGCUGCCGCAGCUGGAGGCACUGGACCUCAGCUACAACAGCCAGCCCUUCAGCAUGCAGGGCGUGGGCCACAACCUCAGCUUCGUGGCCCAGCUGCCCUCCCUGCGCUACCUCAGCCUUGCGCACAACGGCAUCCACAGCCGCGUGUCACAGAAGCUCAGCAGCGCCUCGCUGCGCGCCCUUGACUUCAGCGGCAACUCACUGAGCCAGAUGUGGGCCGAGGGAGACCUCUAUCUCUGCUUCUUCAAAGGCUUGAGGAACCUGGUCAGGCUGGACCUAUCCGAGAACCAUCUGCACACCCUCCUGCCUCGUCACCUGGACAACCUGCCCAAGAGCCUGCGGCAGCUGCGUCUCCGGGACAAUAACCUGGCCUUCUUCAACUGGAGCAGCCUGACCCUCCUGCCCGAGCUGGAAGCCCUGGAUCUGGCGGGAAACCAGCUGAAGGCCCUGAGCAACGGCAGCCUGCCACCUAGCACCUGGCUCCGGAAGCUGGACGUGAGCAGCAACAGCAUCGGCUUUGUGACCCCUGGCUUCUUUGUCCUCGCCACGGGGCUGAAAGAGCUUAACCUCAGCGCCAACGCCCUGAAGACGGUGGAGCCGUCCUGGUUCGGCUCCUUAGCAGAGACCCUGAAAAUCCUAGAUGUGAGCGCCAACCCGCUGCACUGCGCCUGCGGGGCGGCCUUCGUGGACUUCCUGCUGGAGAUGCAGGCAGCCGUGCCCGGGCUGUCCAGACGCGUCACGUGUGGCAGUCCAGGCCAGCUCCAGGGCCGCAGCAUCUUCGCACAGGACCUGCGCCUCUGCCUAGACGAGACCCUCUCCCUGGACUGCUUUGGCCUCUCGCUGCUAAUGGUGGCGCUGGGCCUGGCAGUGCCCAUGCUGCACCACCUCUGUGGCUGGGACCUCUGGUACUGCUUCCACCUGUGUCUGGCCCGUCUGCCCCGACGGGGGCGGCGGCGGGGCGAGGACACCCUGCUCUACGAUGCCUUCGUGGUCUUUGACAAGGUGCAGAGCGCAGUGGCCGACUGGGUGUACAACGAGCUCCGUGUGCAGCUGGAGGAGCGCCGCGGGCGCCGGGCGCUCCGCCUCUGCCUGGAGGAGAGAGACUGGCUCCCCGGCAAGACGCUUUUCGAGAACCUGUGGGCCUCGGUCUACAGCAGCCGCAAGACCAUGUUCGUGUUGGACCACACGGACCGGGUCAGCGGCCUCCUGCGUGCCAGCUUCCUGCUGGCCCAGCAGCGCCUGUUGGAGGACCGCAAGGACGUCGUGGUGCUGGUGAUCCUGCGCCCCGCUGCCUACCGGUCCCGCUACGUGCGGCUGCGCCAGCGCCUCUGCCGCCAGAGCGUCCUCCUCUGGCCCCAUCAGCCCAGUGGCCAGGGUAGCUUCUGGGCCAACCUGGGCAUGGCCCUGACCAGGGACAACCGCCACUUCUAUAACCGGAACUUCUGCCGAGGCCCUACGACAGCCGAAUAGCACAGAGUGGACUGCCCAGCACUCCUUUAACCCCACCCCCAACUCCCUGCAUACCACCCCGUCUUGCCUCUCUGCCUGGAAUGCCCCAACUUGCCUCCCUUUGCAAUCCCACUGCUCUGUCUGGCCCUCUGGCAUAGAGCAGGCACACAAAUAAAUGCUGCUGGAGGGCCAACAGCUAACCCUGAACUCACUGGAGGUGCUAUUGGGAGGAAAAAGGGGGAGAAUUCACCAGGCCUAAAACAAAGGGGGGAGCAAG